CUUCUACUUCUGAAAGCUAAUUCAGCGACGGUGUGUGGGUGUUGGUCGCACCGCCGAGAAAGGGUGGUCCAGCGGUCGUUGAAAAAAAGCAAAAUUGAAAAACAAGAUGUUUCUCCCCUGCACGGUGGAGGUGCAGUUGGCCAACAAGAAAACCAAAGCAAAGGGCCAUGAGCAGGGUUUGGGCUUGGAACUGAGUGGCCUGAAGCUGUAUGGUUUGUUGUGCAAUCGCGUGUACCCUUUCAAAGACGUGGGCUAUCUGCACUUCGGCGAAAGUUCUUUUACCGUUACGCUAAGUAAACCACCGAACACCAUGAUUCGCUGUCUACAGGCGGAGCCACUAUCGAUGAGGCAGUUCGCCGAGAAGUGCCACCAGCAGGGCCUCCUCAUCAAGGGCAUUAAGUUCCCACCUCCCGCGCAAGCGCAAGGAGCCACUGCAACUACAAAAUCAAGUACGAACAGGAGCGCAAGCUCCUCCAGCAGUUCCAGUUCCACCUCCACCCGGACGGAGAUGCGGCAAAGCAACAGCACGGCGAGCAGCACCACAAUAGUACAACUAGGCGGACGCACUGUGGCGGAGACCGGAGCACCACCGGCAGGAACCAGCACAGAGACGGAAGAACCCAACGGGCAGCACGGCGGUCGGGCUGUUGCUUCGGUGUUUCAACAACCAGCAACCAACAUUUUCGACAAGCUGCCCGACGAAAUCAUUGACGAAGUGUUUUCCUUCCUUCUCAACUCCGGCCACAAGCUGCAGAUCCGCCCCGUCUGCAAGUGGUUUUCAUGUAUCAUGCGCGACAAGGUGCGGCGCCUGACGCUGGACUUGCGCGACGCACGCCACAUCGGUCCGGACCGCAUCAUCCGCAUGCUGCACUGCCACAACAACGUCCGCGAGUUCUUCCUCAAGAGUUACGGCCACCGACUCGACAUCAAGGCGCUCGUCGGGAUCGGCAACACCUACCAAAAUUUCGGGAAACUGCAGACCGUCUGCUUCUACAAGUGUCCCACCCUGACCAGCGCCCAGGUUGCCACGCUGCUGAGCCUCUUGCCGCCGGGGCACGAGCUGCAGCGGCUGUCCCUCCUCCACUGCCAACAAAUUACCAACCACGCCUUCUGUGCGAAGCCAGUGAUCACAGAAAAUUUGAAAAACCUGCGGACUCUAGAAAUCGGCGGACACUCCGAUUCCAGUGGCGGGAGCAACUUUGACGACGAUAUGUACCGGAUGGGCGUCAGAUUCCCCUCCCUGCGAAGACUGGUCGUGGUGAAUCAGAGAAAUUUUGCAGCGCAGCCGAGCGGGCGUUUCCACGAGUUCUGUGGCACCGACCUGGUCCACCUCGACCUGCGCGACUGCGGGGUGCAAACCGGGCUCUACGAGUCCUUGAAGCACGUGCCGAAACUCCGCGCGCUAAACGUCGCCGGGUGCUGCCGUCUGGCCCCUCGUGAAUUGCUGCAGCUGUUGGAAGCGGGAUCGUUUCUCGAGAAGUCGGUGGAAGCGCUCGACGUCAGUGGCCUCAUACUCCCGGAAAAAGUUUUCUACGUCGAUCCGGACCGCCUGAAUGUUGCCUCGAAAAAGUUUCCAAGCUUGAAGAAGCUCCGCAUGGCCGACAGCACCUGCUUUCGCGCGGAAGACUAUGUGCCAGAGCAAGAUCUGCAGUUGCAGCCAAUGCCGAGCGGCCUGGCCUUCAUGAUGCUACCAAAAAUCGAGCACCUGGACAUCGACAGCCUACCUGUCAACACCGGGCCGAUGGACCUCUUCACAAAUGCCCGCGGAUUGCACAUUCCUGCUGCGCGGUCCGCAUCCCUGCGGGUUGUCUCCGGACUCAACUCCGACGACAUCGGAGAUCUCAACGUCUUGCGUAACCGGCUACUCGAGCUGCCGACUUUUCACCUGGACGAAAAAAAUACACCAAAAAUCCAGCAGAACAAAAAAAAAGAUCUUUUGUGUCAGCGGGGAGGUCGGCAAAUCUUUGAAAAUUACAAUGACACACAUCAAGCUCCUUGGAAUUGGUGCGAUUGAUUGUUUAAUGGGUGACACUGAGACAUUACAGCGCGACUUUCCAAAAAAAAAAACACAGAUGAAC